GAGACUUGUCAUUCCAAACAUCCAAACGUCGGGUUUUUAGGCGGCCAGAUUAGAAGGUUGAGUUAGGGCUCAUAGGCCCAUCGUCUCUAACCCGUAAUUUUGUGGAAUCAGUUGCAGAUUGUAAUGGCGGAACGAAUCGAAUUCUCGAUUGUUCGGACUGGGAUCCAUCCACAUCCGUCUGCAUUUGAUUUCUUCCCGUCGAUUCGAAUUUUCUCUCUUUUUUCUGUCUUUUCUUUUUCAAUCCUCUUUCUUCUUCCCCACGCAAUUAUGUUUGCGGAAUCGGCUACCCGGUCAACAGUGACCAAGUACACCAAUCAACUUUUCUAUUUCUUCCCCACCACUUUAAUUUCCAUCAGUUCUAUGUUCUAAACCUCGACUCAAGUUUGUGUUCACCUCUUGGAAAAAAAGGGUGCGUUGGCUAGAAAUGAUCCUCCCUGUUGUCAAGUUGGGGGCCCUUGCUUUGAAAACCAUCUGCAAACCCAUCGCCAAUCGCCUCAAGAAGGAGGCUGGAUUGCAUCCAAAGUUUAGGCAGUGUAUUAUCAACAUCGCACAGGCAAAUCAUCGGUUUUCAACGAAUGUGCAACGAAGAAUAUAUGGUCAUGCAACAGAUGUUGCCAUUCGGCCCCUGAAUGAAGAGAAAGCUGUCCAAGCGGCUGCAGAUCUUCUCGGGGAGCUCUUUGUAUUCUCGGUUGCUGGAGCUGCUGUUAUUUUUGAGGUUCAAAGAAGUUCGAGAUCAGAAGCAAGAAAGGAGGAGCUCCGCAGGCAAGAAUUGGAGGCGAUGAAGCAAAGGGAUGAAGAUAUAGCUCGAGAAAUAGAAAUUCUUAAACAGAAGAUCGAAAAUCUGGAACAGUUGUCCAAGGGACGAGGUCUAACUGGCUUACUUCAUUUCAGGCAUCCACAUACUGCUGAAGCUGAACAGGCGAAACACUCUUGAUCAUCAAUAAGAUCUAGUAAGCCAUGGAUUAACUGAGCAUUUUAUUAUCGGUUGAUUGAAAUUCAAUAUUUCUUACAGAGGCUGUUAAUAAAGGCUUUUGUCGCGAAAGAAAUUGCAGCCUUGUUAAUAUUUUGUCCAUCUCUGGAAUGUUGAAAUGAAAUUGAAAGAAAAUUGAUUAACUGAUAAUCCAAAUCUCUAGAUGAUUGGCAUGUAUAUGUCCAGAAAUAUGGACAUCUUUAUUAUAUGGCAAUGUUUGUUUUGUAUAGAAACUAUAUAAUUUGAAUAACUUGUUUGUUUUUGCAAGACUGGUGUAUGAACAUACACAUGAAAAUGGGUUGUCGGGA